UAGCCGAGUUAUAGUUGUGUUAAAUAUUAAAACAGUGAUGUUUAUAAAUGGCUAUGAGGAUUAUUAUUUAUUUAUAACUUCAAUUUAUAAAUAGAAACUAUUCUAAUAGAUUUGUAUCGGUAACAAUUCUGAUCAAUAUACAGAUACCGGUGGGGAAUGAACGAGGAGAAAAUAACAUAACCGACUCACAGAAGGGGAAAAUAAAAACGAUAACGUCUUCAGAGUACGACGUACGUUGUCUAAUUAUUCGUGUUUACUCAACCAGGAAUUGUUAAAGCUCAAGUGCACGGCAAAUACCUGCAGCAGUCAUAUAUUUUACCGGCUAUUUCGCCUAAUUUUGAAAAAUUCAAGUGGAAGAACAAAAAAAACUACUUAAGAUGGCCGGCCAAGAACGGCCGACUCUCUGCCUCAUUUAUUUCGUCUGUCUCAUUUUUUUUGGCUCCAAUUGUCAAACGGCGCCAGCGAUAGUGGGAGUCGGAGGAGGAUGGACUGUUGGCAAUGGCCUCAAGUAUCAGCUGACUACGACAAUUCUUUCACGUGAGUCAGGAUCUAGUACGGGCGAUGUUGGGUUUCAAUUGACCGGUUAUUUAGUAGUCGAUGCUAUUUGGCAGGAUCCAAAUGACCAGUACAAUUAUCUGCUCGCUAUUGAGUUAACAUCCCCGCAGCUGUGGAUUAAAUCCCGUACGGCACCCGAGCCUGAAGGUUUUGUUGAACACACGUCGAAACUGGAUGACGUGUCCAAGGUACCGGUCUACGUACUUUGGCGGCAGGGAGUCAUUGAGAAGUUUUAUGCUGGACAGGACGAAACGACGUCGUCGUUAAAUUUGAAACGAGGUCUUGCUAGUUUGUUCCAGUAUCGUACUUUAGAUGGAGAUUAUCGAGAACAUGACGCCUCGGGAACGUGCAAUGUCACUUAUGAAUCGACGGGUCCCAGCUCGAUGCGUAAAAUUAAGAAAAACUGCGAUCAAGAUUUGACAGCUAAAAGGGAACAUCCGAAUCCAAUAAUGGGGGUUGAUGUUUUGAGUACCCGGGUCGCUGAUUACAAACUUAAUGCAGCGUUGCUGCCAAUUGUGAUUGAGGAAUUCGAGCAGCAUGAAGUGAGCUUGAAAACGAAGCCUGAAGUUGGAGCGACGGUAACUUCGCAGAGAAUGGUUAAGGAAGUUGGAGGCACCAAGGUGGCUAAGAAAAUUCAGGCAGCGAAUGUUAAAGACGCGGUGGCAUACUUGCAGCCUGGUUUCAGAGAAGUCAAAAUCGGUUCCCAAGUUGAAUCGGUCUCUUGUCCAGACUCUGGUUGUCUAACUUUGGAGAAAUUGAUUGAAGAAAACCGUGAGGCCUUGGAAAAUUCAGCUUUAGGAACAGCUAAAUCAGCUGCAGCAUUUCUGAAACUUAUUCCUGUUAUGCGCGAAGCCACGGCGGAAGAUUUGGUGAAGAUAUUAAAGAGCCCACGCUACUUUCCACUGAAGACACAGAUUCUAGAUGUCCUGGGAGCGGCUGCAACUCCUGCAACUCAUCAGGCAGCGAUGAAGAUUCUGAGGACUGAUGACUCUGGCGAUGAAACCGAAAGAUACUUGUGGGCAUUAUCUAUGGCGCCGUUGCCUCACCCAGAUAUCAUCAAAGAUGUGCUAAAGAAAUCCGAAGAGACACUUCAGAAUGAAAAAGUAUCCGAAACUUAUGCCCUGACCGCUGGUGCCAUGGCUCGGCAACUCAAUGAUCCAGUUGUCAAAGAAAUGGUCAGAGUGAGCUUAGAAAUAGGUCUCGAUACUUGCAGCAGCGAAGAGUGUCGCCAGAAAUUUCUACGAGGGCUACGGAAUUUACGUAGCAAAGCAUCUAUUGCGGCAUUGCUGGACUCCGCAGUCAAUGGAACUAAAUCCACGAGUGUCACUGCUUGGCAAGCUUUGAAGUCGCUCGAUACCCAGUUUAUAACCAGUGAAAUAAAAACAGCCGCCCGAAGAGCUUUCUAUCAAAUUGGCGGACCUAAGAAAGACAGUACCAUCCGAACAAUCGCAGCAGACAUUAUUCUAGAAAAUGAUCCAUCUACUGAAGAUCUUCGUGGCUUCUUGAAGUACCUGAGCACCCAGGAUUCCAUGUUCGAGGUUCGGAGGUACAUCAGCCAAAGGCUAGAACAGUUAGCAGAAAAAGAUCCAGUCUUCAAUGACAAACUGGAAGCAGCUUUAACUGCUGAAGCUUGGCGUGUGCGCAACUACAAUGUUUUAGCACACAAAGGACUGAGCACCGCAUUCACGAGACCCUUUCUGAAGUCAUCAGCCAGCAACGGGUCCCUGGUAACCGUCCAAGAAGUUAAUUCCGGUUUGUUGAAACGCGGUGUUGUUGACGUUGUCUUAGCGACUGCAGCUCAUGAAGAAGCAUUAUUUUCAUUGGGUUUAUUUGCUGGUGGAUUGGGUUCCUUCAUUUCGUCAUCAUCCAGCGACGAUGACUCUGAAGAAUACGAACUGGCAACUGCUGGAAUGGAAUUAGGGUUCCUGGGUGUUGGAAUAAGGCCGUUUGUUUUCUUUACGGGGCAAGGCGAGCUGAUGGGCCACGUUUGGUCAGGCACUGGAUCCGAAAGAACUCCAGCUUUUCAGGCUAUUGCUAACCUACAUCGUCAUCACGAAAUAGUCCCUCUGACUUCGGGCUUCGUUGCAGAAAUAGAUAUCGAGGGCGCAGUUAGCUUCGAUCUCGCUGGGCAGAUCCAGCUGAGCUUGUGGUCAAGAACAGCCCAAUCACUUGUAGAAAUGGGCGCUGGGAUCGCAGUACGUGGUGGUGUAAAAGUGCGAUCCGACUUUGUGCAAAGCACGGCUGAGUUCGCGCUCACCUUGGAACCUAAGCUUGAGCUGUCAACUGACGUGGACUUUUCAGGACCGGUUAGUUUGUGCAUGAGACUAAUGCAGCCUGAGACCACGGUCAAGCACCAGGUUUACAAAAUUGAGAGGAUACCGGGCAGUAGGCAUAGACUUAGGAAAACUAAACGUAGUAUUGUGCCAUCACCAGCUCGUUCUUAUUUACUUAAUAGAAAAAAUAACGAAAUGUGCUCGAAAGUGUUUAGUUAGUGACUUAAUUUAAAUAAAUUUAUAACAUGAUUUUUAAAAUAAUUUUUAUUGAACAAUUUACGUUGAUGUGAAUGUGUUGUGAUAACAAAUUUUAAUGACUGAUAAAUAUUUUAAUAUUUUUUUGUUUUAUCGUUGUAAUUUUUUUUUUUUUUUUUACUGUACAAUAGAUAUAAAAUAAUAAUUAUAGUAUCAUAUUUCUACACUGAUUUAUAUCAUCCAUUAUACCUCGU